AUGUCGGUUGUAGUAGAGCAACCAAAUCGUCCGGGCUGUUUUUAUUCGGUAAAUAAAUUCACGGUUCCUAUUAAGACGCGAAAGGUCGAUGCUUGCGACAAGGAAUUGGCGUCGUUGAGAGGCGACCCCGAUCGACAAUUGGACAUGAUUAUGCGUGACAUGUUACGGAACGAAGUCGCGGACGAAGUAAUUUUUCCUCCUACGACGUCGAUUGCAAAAUCGUCGUCGUCGGCGAAGAAAAAUUAUAUUCGUCCCGACGUACGUGUGGUUUACCACAACGUACAAAGCUUCCGGAAACACGAACGCCUAAUCACGUCCAAUGCACAGUUUUGUCGUGCAGACAUACUGUGUUUCGUCGAGACGUGGUUACUCGACAGCGAUGUCGUUUCCUUCGAACAUUAUCGACCUUUGUAUCAGAAAAAUCCGCAUCAAAAUUUUGUUGAUUCUUCGUUACCACCGUCAACUGUUCAUGCAUCUUCCGUCGUUCCUCCUCCUCCUCCUCGAACGACAACCACCCAUCCGACAGGUGGACGAAAACCGUGCGGGAUUUUAAUUCUAACUAGAGCGGAUAACAUUCACCGUGUCAAUUUCGUCUUUGAUAAAAUUCGAAAAAACCAACCGCGGGUAUAUUUACCGGCCACGGCGACGAUCGAGGAAUCGAUGGAAUUCUUGAAAGAAUACGUUAAUUUCGACCGACCGUUGGUCAUAGUAGGUGAUUUUAACGUAGAUUACGGGAGAAAUAGUCUGUUGAAAAAAUUCCUAUGUGUUGAUUCGUCGUUAGUUAAUUUAUUAGCUACGACAGAUAGUGCGACAGGCCAACGCACAGCUACAUCUACGACAAUGGCGAAUACGAGUAUAGAUUGGUGUUUGACCAAUACAAAUUUUACUUUGGCCUGUGUAGGGGAAACCAUUUUUAGUCAUCAUAAACCUAUCAUUCUAAAUUCUUACACUUCAUCACAAAAUCCACGUUUCAGAUUAAUGUCUGAUCUUCUACGUCAAAAAAGGUGGUUAUCGUGGUCCACCGCCGAUGCCGCACCUUUCUCCACUUCUUCGGCGGCAAAUAAUUUACAAAAUGUCAUAAAUAUCGCAGGGAAACCGAAUUCUUCCAUUAAUAUAGUCUCCGUACAUACCAUUAAACCUGAAAAUCCCGUACCGUCGCAGCCGUUACGUUCGUCGUCUAAGACGAAUAGUAAAAAAGCCGCUGUUGGGGCCGUUACCAAUACUACACCAUCAACACGUACAGGUAUACAGAAAAAACGACCACCACCAACACCAUCAUCACCACGAUCAAAACGAUCGAAGAAACCGCAACAAAAGCGGCAGCGACAAACUACUAUUAAAGACGUUCCGAGUACUUCGACUAAAAAAGUUAAUCCCAUAUCGUCGCAACUUUCUGUCGUAUUAGACGCGUUCAUCAUAUCUCAAUAUAUAGAAUCUUCAAAUACCAAUAAGGUAAUGGUUGUCGAGAAAGGAAACGCUCCGUCCGUUACUUCCAUUUCCCCCCGUCAACGAAUUUUUACGCCGAGUAACAAUUCAUUUUCUAAACGUUUAGUUAUUCCAUUAGUUCCAAUUGACGCCGCUGAUCGUAAUAGUAGAAGUAGUAGUAGUGGUGGUGAACAACAACGACGACGUCGUAGUCUUCGUUUAUCUAAUAGCGGCGUGGGUGUUGAAGGCGGCGAAUGUGAGAGCAGCAAAAGCAAUCGUCGUUCAACGUUGAUUAGCUUACCCCUAAAACCAAAUAAAAGAACGAGAAGGACUGAAAACACAACUAAACUAGAAAUGGUUAAUUUAGAACCAGCCUAUUCUUCCUUACUAGGCAUUUCUAAUGCGAAGCAUAAAGACCUUAUAAGUUUAUGUCGGGCCAACUGCAUACCUCAAACUUAUCAUGGUUACUAUGAGAGUCUUCCAAUAGGAGAACAGUUACCCGAUGAAGACGAAGAAAAUUGA